AGAUCCAAGGGUUAAAAAUCAUCUUACAUAAAAAACACAAUUACUCGCUAUUUAUCUCCCAAAACCUCAAAAACCUGAUUUCUCCACACACACACACUCACUCUCUCUCAGUAGCCAGGGCUGCUUCACUUACCUUCCUCGCCCUCGCCCUCGCCCUCGCAACAAAAACCUUAUCCGCCCCACACACACUCCACGGCCGCCGCCGCCGGCGUCGGGCGCAGCGUCGUAUUCGCUUUCUUCGCCUCUUCUAUCAAACAUUUUCCCAAACUCGUCCUCCCACUUUCCUCCGCCGGCCUUCGCGCUAAUCCAGCUUCUGGGUUCUUGAGAAACGUCGCCGUUUCGUCCGAGCUGGAUGCGGAUUUGUCCGAGGACGAAGGGCUCGAUUUCUCCGCCGGGAGGAGCCGAGAUUCUCGCCUGACUUGAAGCUUUUUGUCGGGAAUUUGCCGUUUAAUGUUGACAGCUCUGAGCUGGCUGGGUUGUUUGAGCAGGCUGGGAAUGUCGAGAUGGUUGAGGUUAUAUAUGACAAGACUACUGGAAAAAGGGUUUUGGUUUCGUGACUAUGUCUACCGUCUAGAAACUGCUGUACAACAAUUCAAUGGCUAUGAACUUCACGGCCGGAGUCUGAGGGUGAAUUCUGGGCCCCCACCUUCCAAGAGUGAAAACUCUUCAUUCUGGGGGGGCCCAAAGUGGUUAUGGUUCCGGGCCAAAUCCGGGUCUGGGAAAAUGGGAGGUCUCGGGGUGAGUGUGGUUUAUGACAGGGAAAGUGGGAGGUCUCGGGGUUUCGGUUUCGUGAAGUAUAGUUCGUCAGCCAUUGAAUCGUCAUGGAAUUUAAUGGAAGACCUAUUCGAGUUAGCCGAGCUGAGUCCCGCCCGAGGCGCGAGUACUAGUGACCUCUGA